AUGAAAAAGUUGAAACGUUUGAAACAGUUUGAAAUAAUUCCUUUGUUCGUUUUAUUCACAGUAAUAUAUUUAAAUUUUAUAAGUAGCGAUGUUUUGUUGGGAAACUCUUCAAAAAUCUUACUUCCCGCAAACUGGCCGAAUAACUGGAAUGACAGUAUUAUUCCUUUUGUUUUUAAUUUUUAUUCACCAAGUAUAAAACGCUUGAUAAGUCUUGUCCAAAAAGGACACAGCUAUAUAGAGGAACGAUCUUGCUUAACAUUUAAGGAACAUGAUCCGAGAAUUGUAGCGAACUUGGCAAAUUUUAGCUAUCUUUACUAUAGUUAUUCUGGCGUUUUAGAAAGCUGUUGCCUCCCCUUUUUUAUAAAACCAAGUGGACGAAGGUUAGUGCUCAUAACUCCGCUGUGCACACUCCCCGCAGAAGUUGCUCACGCGACAAUGCACGCAAUAGGCUUGCAGCACAAAAAACACGAGUCUUUUCUACAGAACGAAGUGAAAGCUCUCAUGUUUAACAAAGAUUGCAAAAAAAGGAAUAGGAAUAUGAAAGCUUUCGAAAAUUGA